AUGGCUACUACUGCGCAUCCAUAUCGCCAGAACCUGACAUCGGCAACUCCGGGGGGCUAUGGUUUCGAUCACUUAGAAAGCGGUGAUUCGGGAAUGAACAAGCACGAAACAAGCCAUGUUUCUACACUAGAGACAUCCGGGCAAAGUCCCCGCAGUUAUGAGAACGUUAGUAUGCCGCUGGAGGCUCCAGAGCAGUUCCAACAGAACGCAAUAUCUGAUUCGUCACGUGUGAUGUCCUCCACAGGAACUCCCGACUCAUCGCGGUCCAACCUACAUGGCUCAGGUGGUAGUUUCGUCGAGAUGCGCACCAAUUCUGAAAGUACAGCAUCGCUUAACGCGAGAAGGAGUCGCAAGUCGCUAGAUCUUUCACACCUAUUCAUGCUGAGCGACAAGGACACGCAGUUUACGGCAACAAAUGAGAGCGUAGCUGAUCUCUCGCAUCAAAUGAUCUCGCAAUACUUGGGAGAAGCUAACAAUUCCUCGUUGGUGCCUCGUUUGAAAACCAUCGAGAUGUACAAGCAGAACGUCAAGAAGUCUAAAGACCCCAAUGUUUUGUUUCAGUAUGCUCAAUACAUGCUUCAGACGGCACUUACAAUCGACGCUAGCGGUUGUGGCUCUCCUGCGACUGUGCCAAUUGAUAAGAAGGAUGCAAACGGUGUCACCCAAGAAGAUAUGCGCAAACAGUUUCUCAAGGAAGCUCAAACGUAUCUCAAGAAGUUAAGCGUUAAAGGUUACUCUGACGCUCAAUAUCUUUUAGCAGAUGCAUACUCAUCUGGCGCGUUUGGUAAGGUUAAUAAUAGGGAUGCAUUUGUUUUAUUUCAGUCAGCGGCCAAACACGGUCAUGUCGAAAGUGCCUUCAGGACGGCACAUUGUUUUGAAGAAGGGUUGGGAACCACUUGCGACUCUAGAAGGGCAGUGGAGUUUCUGAAAUUUGCAGCGAGUAGAAACCAUCCCUCUGCCAUGUACAAGUUAGGUUUGUUCUCGUUUUAUGGGCGUAUGGGUCUUUCUCAUGAUGUUAAUACCAAGCAAAAUGGUAUCAAGUGGUUAUCUCGUGCUGCAGCGCGCGCAAAUGAACUUACGAACGCCGCUCCAUACGAGUUGGCCAAGAUUUACAGGAAUGGGUUCCUGGAUAUUAUUAUACCGGACAUAAAAUACGCCAUGGAGCUAUACAUCCAAGCCGCCUCCUUGGGACACGCAAAAGCUUCGACAGCAUUGGGCAACAUUUAUGAAUCAGGUAAUGAAAUCGUACCUCCAGAUACAAGCCUAAGUGUUCAUUACUAUACACAAUCUGCGCUACAGGGAGAACCGCAUGCCAUGUUAGGCCUGUGUGCCUGGUAUUUAAUGGGAGCUGAACCCGCAUUUGAAAAAGACGAGAAUGAGGCUUUCCAAUGGGCAUUGAAGGCGGCUAAAUUAGGGCUAGCAAAGGCCCAAUUCACAGUGGGUUAUUUCUACGAAAAAGGUAAAGGUUGCGAAGCCAAUGCUCAAAAUGCUCGCCAGUGGUACGAGAUCGCCGCCAAGAAUAAUGAUCAGCGCGCUGUUAGCAAGCUGAACAACGAAAACACCCCUCAUGUUAAGAAUAAGAAAAGUCUUACGGCUCUUAACUUAUUCUCAUCUGCAUCCUCCACAAACAUCCUCGAAACUGAUAAUCGCACGCCGCCAAAAAUGGCAUCUUCUCAUACCCCCAACCAGCUUUCGAUUGGUGCUCCUUCCAAUUUGAGUGGCUCCAUCGUCGGUGUUCUAAGCACCACUGAACCAAACAACGAACCCUUGAGUGCCAAUGGUCCUAAUACAUUCAAAUACGGCUCUGAAAGCACUAACACUCAAAGUCCCGCUGGUGGCAACUCGCAUAAGCCUGCAGAGCCAGCUGCUUUUGAUUUAACUGGAAGCGCUCCGUUAGUCAAAACAAAUCCAAGCUCGAAGGGAAACGACAAAUCGAAAGGCGCCCCCUCUCGUGCGACGGUGAAGAAAGACGAGAAAAGUAGUUCCAAGAAAAAGGACAAAAAAGACAAGAAAAAGGACAAGAAAUGUGUUCUCAUGUGA